AUGAUUAGUCGUACCGACUUGCUGAAACGCUCGCUGAAGUGGACGCAAUCAAGCCGUUUCUACACGAGCAAAUCGCCCAGACACUUGGUUUCUACCACCCGUGACACCACGUUCUCGCAGUCUGUAGACAGAGAUGACCCACACACGAAAUUGAAACCUGUGGGAUCCAAAGCCAAGGCUAUGUUGGCAGACCCUGUGCCAAGACAGACCCGUCUAUUCGUCGAGGGCCCCAUCGAGUGUCCCUUGGAAGGUUUCCAGCUGCUGAAUUCGCCUCUAUUCAACAAGGGCUCAGCAUUCACCCAAGAAGAAAGAGAAGCCUUCGGUCUGGAAGCUCUGCUGCCACCUAUGGUCAACACUUUGGAUGAACAAGCGGAAAGAGCAUACAAGCAACUUUGCUACCUUAAAACGCCGCUGGCUAAGAACGAUUUCAUGACCUCUAUGCGUACCCAAAACAAAGUUUUGUACUUCGAGCUUGUAAGACGCCACAUCCGUGAGCUAGUGCCCAUCAUCUAUACACCAACAGAAGGAGACGCUAUCGCUGCUUAUUCCCACCGUUUCAGAAGACCAGAAGGUGUGUUUCUCGAUAUUACGGAGCCAGAUUCCAUAGAGCGUCGUCUCGAAUCAUACGGUAAUAGCAAAGACGUUGACUACAUUGUUGUCACCGAUUCUGAAGGGAUCCUAGGUAUCGGUGAUCAAGGUAUCGGAGGUAUCAGAAUCUCCAUCUCGAAACUGGCAUUAAUGACAUUGUGCGCUGGUAUUCAUCCUGGACGUGUUCUUCCCGUGUGUCUAGACGUGGGUACUAACAACAAGAAACUUGCGCGUGACGAACUAUACAUGGGCAACCGUUUCGCAAGAGUUCGUGGCAAACAAUAUGAUGAUUUUGUAGACAAAUUCAUUAAAGCCGUCAAGAAGAGAUAUCCAUCUGCGGUGCUUCAUUUUGAAGAUUUCGGUGUGACAACCGCUAGGCCUAUUCUCGAUCGUUACAGAAACGAAGUCCCAUGCUUCAACGAUGACAUUCAAGGAACAGGUGCGGUGGUGAUGGCCUCUUUCUUGGCGGCUCUCAAACAUACUAAAAGAGAUUUAGGAGACUCCAAAAUUUUGGUCUACGGAGCUGGCUCUGCUGGUUUGGGUAUCGCCGAUCAAAUCAAGAAUCAUAUGGUCACCCAUGGCUUGUCAGUUGAGGAGGCCCACUCCAAGAUUUUCUUGAUGGACAGACGGGGUCUGAUCUUAAAGUCUAUGAAAGCAUUUUCUUCUCCCGCGCAAUACCUGUACUCUAAACCUGAUGAGGACUGGAAUAAUGUUAACACCUCUUCUCUACUUGAGGUCAUCGGCCAGGUAAAACCUACUUUGUUGAUUGGCUGUUCUACUCAGGCAGGUGCCUUCAAUAAAGCUAUUGUCACAGAAAUGCAGAAACACAACCCACGCCCGAUCAUUUUCCCAUUAUCCAACCCAACGAGACUACAUGAAGCUAUUCCAGAAGAUCUAAUGAAAUGGACUGAUUUCAAAGCUUUAGUCGCUACGGGAUCACCAUUCCCCCCUGUCAACGGUUACCGUAUAUCAGAGAACAACAACUGCUUUUCUUUCCCAGGUAUUGGAUUGGGUGCUGUUUUAUCGCGUGCCACAUCCAUCACCGAUACGAUGAUCUCAGCUGCCGUUGAUCAGCUUGCAAGUCUUUCACCAAUGACGGAAACCGACUCCAAGCCAGGUUUGCUACCUCCUUUGGAAGUGAUUAACGAUACUUCUGCCAAGGUUGCCACUGCUGUUAUUCUACAAGCAUUCAAAGAAGGUACUGCUCGUGUUGAAGAAGAGAACGUACCGGGCAAAAAUGAGAAGGUUGUGGUCCCAAGAGAUUUCAACGAAUGUCUAAAGUGGGUCACCAAACAGAUGUGGAAACCUGAAUACAGACCAAUGGUUAAGGUUCAGCAUGAUCCUCAAGUCUUCACCCACCAAUACUAA